UUGGGCGAAAGUAUUAUAUUUCCUGGUUCUAAUGUGCUCUCUGUCCGUUUCUAUGGGCGUUGAUGUACAUAUUAUAUACUUUAAGCUCUGAACCAAAGCGCUGAGAAGGACAUUGUUGCUCUGUUUGAAGUCUCAUCACAACAGUUCUGUGAGUUUAAUUCCGUGGGUUUGCUAGCAUCAAGGACUGCUGAAGGAGCCGCCGAGAGGUCCAGGCAGGCCCUCAACCAUGACCCGAGAUAUAGUGCUUGGAGAUGAACUUCCCGAUUGGGUGGGAGCAAAGGAGUUCUAUCAGAAAUAUGAUCCAAAAGAGGUGAUUGGCAGAGGCGUCAGCAGUGUGGUACGUAGAUGUAUACACAAGCAAACGGGGCAGGAACUGGCAGUGAAGAUAAUUGAGAUCACAGCAGAGAAGAUGACAGCUCAACAAUUAGAGGAAGUGAAGAACUCCACUCUAAAGGAGAUCCACAUCCUCAAUGUUGUGAGUGGACACCCCUCCAUAAUAACCCUCAUUGAUUCCUAUGAGUCUGCAACAUUCAUAUUUCUGGUGUUUGAUCUCAUGAGAAGAGGCGAACUUUUUGACUACUUAACAGAGAAAGUCACUCUUAGUGAAAAGGAGGCAAGGAGAAGUCUGCUGUGUGCCCGUGCCUCUGAUUGGAUGAAAACCUGCUUUGUGCCCGACUCCUGCCUGUCUGACUACCCGAAGGAAAGCUCAGCCCCGGACCGUAAGAGAACCCGACUCCUUGUACCGACCCCUGGCAUGGGACGACGACGAUUCUCUUGGAUCACGGACUUGUUGACGCUGACAUUAAACUCCAGCUCUUCCCCCCACCAAACAGCAUUAAAUUUCCACUUGAACUUCAAUUCUGCUGACGUGGACAAUGUAUUUAUUGUAUUUGGUCACGUGACUACUCCUACUACCCAGAAGUUUGUCACAUAUGGUGGAGAAUGCGGGCAGCACAUUCUGACUAAAUUCAAUAACAUUACAAUCCACAAAAAUAAUGACGUCUCCCAGUGUGUUCCAGGAGCUCCUCGCUCAGCUAAUCAGCAGCAACAGCAAUGCCACAAACAAACCAUGCAGCUACAGCAGCGUCAAAUUCAGCAGCAGCAGCAAGCCAGGGAGCAGUUCAUGAGGAAGCAAUUUGAACAGACAAACUACAUGCUAGCGGAAAUAAAAGGGCUAUACAUGGCACGAAUGGAGCAGGAAGAAGCCGCUCGACAAAUCCCGCCAGCUUUUUGAUGAAACAAACGGCCACGGAUAGCAUUGAGGCUUUUCUCCGCACAUUCGAAAUCACAGCCCAGCGGGAGAACUGGCUGGAGGAUCAAUGGGCGGAUUUGCUGGCUCCAUUUUCGAUCGGGGUGGCUCAGACCACAUAUCAAAAUUUAACAGAGGGCAAAACAAGAAGAAAUAUCACAGCGACACAGGUUCACGCAGGGCACAGCGGUACCAUGACUGGGGUUAUGAUCCGUCAGCCUCACCCCGAGCACAAAUGCAGGAGCUCACACGGAUCACCAAUGGGUGGCUGAGCCCAAAACCUUGGGAGCCAUAGAGAGGGUGAUUAUGAACCGUUUUCUGCGGGCUCUCCCGUUUGAAGCAAGAAACUGGUGGGUCAGAGCAACCCCAAGAGCGUGGAGGAGCUAGUGGAGCUGAUGGAUGGGUAUCACGCUGGGUCACCCCAGAGCUCCCCAUCCAAGUCCUCAUCGGCCGGGAUGCCGAUGUCUUCCCCGGGCUGUGGCACAGUUUGGCGGGGAGUGGGAAGGACCGAGGACCCUCAAGGAGCCCCAAGAGGCGCCCUCUGGAGCCAGCAUAGUUGUGUGGGUUCCAGGAUGUGGACCCAGUGGCAUCCACAGAGCCGCUCUCGGGGGAGAGUCCAGUGCACCGGCAGUCGCGGCUGAAGAGGCGGCGUUUGAGACCGCAAGAGGGGAGGCAGAGAGCCCUCCAGUCAAGGAGGAGGACGACGUGGGGGACCUGUUCCCCAAAAACCCCGACAACCAGCCCCUACCAGCCCCUCUCGCCGGCAGGUUUGGAACAGCGCAACUGGAAGACCCCAACCUGAUCAGCUCACACCAGCCAGUGUUGGUGGUGGACAGCAAACUGAUGGACAGGGUAAGAGUUGGUAUUUCCUCAUUUUGCAAUUAAAAAUAACCUGCUGGACCAAGUAAUAAUGAAAGCGGGGGUACAGCAGGGACUGUUGUUGGUGCCCCGUGCCUUUAUUCCUUCUGUGCUAAAGCUGGCCCACUUGCAUCUACUGGGGGCCCGCCUGGGUGUGGAGAAGACACUGGAGAGAAUCAAUGCGUGGUUCUACUGGCUAGGGGUCCAAAAGACCAUGGAGGACUACUGCCGCAGCUGUCCUGAGUGCCAGCAGGUGGCACCCAGACCUCACCUACGAAACCCUCUCGUUCCCCUACCCAUUAUAUCUGUUCCCUUCAGUAGGAUAGGCAUGGACCUGGUGGGGCCCCUACCCAGGAGCAGCUGAGGGCGCCAGUACAUCCUGGUCAUAUUAGAUUAUGCCACCAGGUAUCUGGAGGCGGUCCCACUACGAUCCAUGGCCACAAAGGGGAUAGCGAGGGAGCUAAUGCUGCUCUUCUCCUGCGUCGGGCUGCCGGAGGAGAUUCUGAUGGACCAGGACAUGGCGUUCAUGUCGAGAAUCAUAAAAGACCUCUGCCGAUUAAUGAAGGUAACAUGGUUUUGAACCUCAGUAUAUCAUCCACCGACAGACAGGUUGGUGGAGCGGUUCGAUCAGACACUGAAAAAGAUGCUAAAAAAAGGCGAUGGAGGCGGAUGGGAGGAAUUGGGAUCAGCUGCUGCCGUUCCUGCUGUUCUCCAUUCGGGAGGUGCACCAGGCAUCCACUGGCUUCUCCCCGUUCAAGCUGCUCUACAGGAGAUGACCACGGGGGCUCUUGGAUUUGUCUAAAGAGGCCUGGGAGCACCAGCCAUCUCCACAACAUGUAGAGGAGGUAAGAGAGAGGAUGGCAACCAUCUGGCCUAUGGUGAGAGAACACAUGGUGGAAGCCAAAACCGCCCAGGUGCAGGUCUACAAACGAGGGGCCCAACCCAGAGAGUUUGCCCCUGGCGACAAAGGGUUAGUCCUGGUGCCCACCUCCGAAUGCAAGUUUUUGGCGAAAUGGAACAGUCCCUACGAGAUCAUGGAGAAAGUAGGGGAGGUGAAUUAUAGGGUGAGGCAACCAGGACGAAGACAGCCGAAAAAAGUAUAUCAUAUCAACUUGUUAAAGAAGUCGGUGGCCCGCAAUGUGCUGUUUUCACUCUCUCCUCCUCAGGUUGCUGUCAAAACCUUGGUGGUCGAGUUCCCGAUGCGGGAAACAGCUGACCCCGAGCCAGACAGGACCUCCAGGAGCUGGUCAACUGGAACAGAGCCAGGGAAUCAUCACCAGGGAAAAAGGUGAAGCUGUGACCCUACCGGAUCCCCGAAUCCGGGAGAGAGGCUAUCCGGAAUGAGGUAAAGAAUAUGCUGUGCUGGAAUAAUAGAGGAGUCCAACAGCGAAUGGUAUAGUCCUAUUGUGCCAGUCCCCAAACCGGAUGGCCCAAUCAGGUUUUGCAAUGUUUUCAGACAGCUUAACGCCAUCUCCAAGUUCGACGCAUACCCCAUGCGUCGAACUUGAUUGAUGAGCUCACCGAACGCCUAGGGAGGACUCGGUUCAUCACCACCCUCGACCUGACCAAGGGGUACUGGCUAGGUACCCCUAGUCCCCGAAGUCAGAGAGAAAACGGCUUUUGCUACCCCGGAGGAGCUCUUCGACUAUAUUAUGCUGCCAUUUGGAUUACAUGAGGCCCCGCCCACCUUCCACUGCGGAGAAGGAAUGCUUGGCGAUCAAAUGGGCCUUGAGAGAACUGAGGACGGCACUUCACCCUAGUGACAGACCACGCACCACUAGUGUGGAUGUCAAGAAAUAAAGAACAUAAUGCCAGGGUUACCCACUAGUUCCUAUCACUGCAAUCCUAUGCCUUUGAGGUCGUCCACAGGUCCGGAGCAGCGCAUGGCAAGGCAGACACACUGUCCAGGAGGGACGCACUAGGUUCCUGGAUUGCCCCUCCCGGUCGGAGCUGAGGGGGGGGGGGGGUGGUGGCAGCUGGCGGGGAUGGCCCCAGGGAGAGGUAAUAGAUGGGCGAUACGUCAGGUUGCAGUGGAGAAGCUGCAUGCCCAUAUUACGAGGAUAAGGAGUAGCUUAGGCGAAACCAAGGUGGAGGAUUGGCGAGAGAGAGAGUUGUGGAGUGUUCUGUUUUGGAAAGUCUACUAACGUACCGUGUUUGAUCUGUUUGGGAAAGGAGAAGUCUGCUGUGUGCCCGCACCCCUGAUUGGGUGAAAACUUGCUUCGUGCCCGACCCCUGCCUGUCUGACUACCCAAAGGAAAGCUCAGCCCCGGACCAUAAGAGAAACCGACUCCAUGUACCGACCCCUGGCAUCAGACGAUGACGAUUCUCUUGGAUCACAGACUUGUUGACGCUGAUACUAAACUCUACCUCUUCCCCCCACCAAACAGCAAUAAACCUGCGCUUGAACUUGAA